AUGCCGCACGAGGCUGCCCUUGUGAGGAGGCAGCCUCGAGUUGAUGAGGUGGUUGUGCCGCAUCGCGAGCAUGCCCUGCUACAUGUGGGUCCCAUCAAAAAGCACCAUCCGGAACCUCUGCUGCUCCCUCUCCAUGGCGCCGGCACCGCCCGGGUUCUGGUUCUAGUUACCGAGGGUCUUCACCAUCUUCAUGUCCACCACCUACACGAUCGGCUUCACCUCGCUCUCCCAAACGAGCUCGCACUCGCAGAUCUUCCAUAUUGCGCCCUUCGUCAGAUCGACAAUGCCAACAAGUUCUACAUGUGGAACGUGAACAACGUGAGCCACCCGGAGGCGUUCAACGGCAGGGUAAGGGGGCUGCUGACCGGGCUGGUCGAGGAGGCUUACACUGUGCCGAAGCUGUUCGCGACUGGAGAGAUGGGACUGGAGGAUAAGACAAAGCUGUACGGAUUGGUGCAGUGCACGAGGGAUCUGUCGGCGACCGAGUGCAAGGAGUGUCUCAAGGGCGCAAUCGAUGAGCUUCCGAGCUGUUGCGACGGGAAGGAAGGUGGGCGAGUGGUUGGCGGGAGCUGCAACUUUGUAUACGAGAUUUACCCUUUUGUCAAUGUUUAAGAGUCCUCGCCCAAGGACCUAACUAAGUGUGGUUUGAUUAUUCCCUAGCGGGGGUGUUCCUAGAUAGUAAAUAAAGUGAAGGCGAGUUUGGGAAUUUACCUGAGACUCUUUCAUUAGUUUAAUGGUUUAUAUAGGCCGUUUGCAAAUAGAAAUUUGA